AUGUCAACGACUCUCAUUGAAUAUAGAGGCUCCACUGGCACCCCAGGGGACGCACAGAUUUCCGAAUACAACACGCUUCCUCGCGACCUCCGGCUCUCUGUGUUGGACCAUGAUGUUCUUACCACACUUUUGGAAGGGCUCCCUAUACGAAGUUUGCGAUCGCUCUCCAGCACCUCUUGGCACGUUAGACGGCUCUGUCUUCCGGUCCUUUUCAAACGGUGCCUUGUUGCCUCGGAGUGUCCACUUCAAGGCUAUAGCUUCCUGCCGAAAGCAUUGUGGCCCCACGUCAGACAUUUGCGCCUGGCGGAUAAGUGCCCAGACAUGCCAGAGCACGAAGACCUGUACAGGGUGCCUUUUGAAGACCCAAUACUUACGUUCGCCACCGAUCCCCUUGUCUGUUGUCUCUACGACGGCCCUGUUUUGCCAAACGCCUUGUCCCAUAUGUCACGCUUGCAUUCCAUCUCUCUCGAGCUGAACUACCGGACCAUCCACGGUAUACCAUGGCCGGUGCUGCAACACAUCCUCUCUCUCCCUUCACUCCGAGAAUUUACACUCAAAUACCACCGCCUAGCUCCGAAGACACCUCCGGAGGAGAUACACCUCGACUUUCCCGCUCAGUUGACGUCUUUCCGGUUC